GCUGAGAAGCUUGGGAAAUGACUUUGAAUUGAAUUCCACUUCGGAUGAUGGCCCAGAUACUUGGGACAUAGAGCCAAAAGCUCGGCGCUGCUCCGAGUCUCCACUUGGUCUCUCCUCGGUCCUCGGUCCUCGGUCCUCGGUCCCCCUCCGGAGCCGCCGCCCCCGCCAGCGAUGGAGGAGCUCCACCCGAGCCAUUACCCCGCAAGGCGGGCGGCCACGCUGGUCCAGAACUACAUCAACUACCAGGUCGGGACCCCGCACAAGGUGUACUUGUUUGGCAAGGUCACACAGGCCACCCUGGAGGACAUUCCAGGAAGGGGCCAUAAGUACCACCUGAAAUUUACUUUGGGAGAAAUGGUCAAGAACGAGAUUAUGGUGAACUGCGAAGCGCAAGUAUUUUACCCCACAACUGGAGAGAACACUGUACCCGAAGUGGAAUAUACGUUUUUAGGGGACGCUGGUAAAAACACAGAUGAGGAAGACAAUAAAUUUUAUGAGAGUCUCAAAUCCAUGAAGAAACCAUUGAAAGCCAAGAAAAUUCCAGACGAUUAUGGGUACAUCCCUCCGGAACUGAAGCCAGUUCGACACCUAGCCAUAGUGGCCUCUGGUUACGUAAUAUGGCAGCAUUCCAGUGAAAAAACAUGCUAUAAUAUGGCAUGGGUAGAAAAUGUCAAGCAAGUGAAAAGAGAGGAUGAUUUUAUUGAAUUGGACUAUAACGUCUUGAUUCAUAACUUUGUAUCAUCACAGGAUAUGAAUCCUUGCCAAAUACAAGUCCUCUGGCAUCCCCAGUAUGGAGUUAAAGUCAAACACUACAAACGCCAACUGCACCGAAAGCAAUGAGCAGGAACACGCAGUCACCUGUCCUGCUUGUGCCCUUCAUCCAUCUACAGAGCUUGGGAACCAAACUGCCCAAGAUGUAUCGGUGUCCAGACUGCUGUGUACUAUUGUGUAGAUUCCAUAAUAAACCACUCCAACCUAU